AGUAAUGCCUAUGAACUGAUAAGUUAAAGGAUCACAUCUUGACCCUAGUUGGAUGAGGUACUUAAAGUAUUAGAUAGAUAUGUGGUGUUGGAAGUCUUUUCAUAAGCAUACUUGCCUACUCUAUAGGACCGGAAGUUCAAGAAAAAAAGGCGCACUGUCAAAUAUCAAAGCAGAAAAGGUUUUGACCUGCUUUUCCCAUCAGUGCACAUUAAUGAAUUAAAGAUUGAUUAUACCGUUUACUUCUGUUAUCGACAGUUAUACUAGGUACACUUAGCGAUAGAAAAAUUUCUUAAACUCAUUUAUCUAGUCACCUGCAAACUUAGGCUAUGAUUCUAGAAAGAAAGGUCAACGUUAAAUUACCUAAUUAUCUACAUUUCAUUUCUUGCGAGAGGCGAGGUCGGCUGUGAGCAUUGAUAAUACUUACUUUCAAACCGAUAUAAGUACAAAUCAUUCGUGUUCAGUUUAGUUGCAUAGAAAAUGUCGACGCUUCAUAUUGGAGAUGUUGUGCCCAACUUCAAGGCCAGUACCACAAAGGGAACGAUCCAAUUUUAUGACUGGCAAGACAAAUCGUGGGUACUGUUAUUUUCCCAUCCAGCUGAUUUCACCCCAGUGUGCACCACUGAGCUUGGAAGAAUAGCUGUACAUAAUCCUCACUUCCAAAAACGGAAUGUGAAACUGCUGGCCCAUAGCUGCGAUGUACUCAAAAGCCAUGUGGAUUGGGUUAACGAUAUUAAGUCGUAUUGUCUUGAUAUUCCCGGCGAAUUUCCUUAUCCCAUUAUAGCUGAUGAAACAAGAGAGCUCGCCUAUAUGUUAAAUAUGGUUGAUAAGCAGCAUUUUGAUGACAAAAACCGGCAAUUGACAGUGCGCGCACUGUAUGUGAUUGAUCCUAAUCAUGUGCUCAGAUUAUCAAUGCACUACCCCAAUAAUAUUGGGCGCAAUGUUGAUGAAAUGCUUCGCGUUAUCGAUGCUUUACAAUUGGUGGAUAAAAUUCCGCAAGUUGCUACCCCAGCAAACUGGGUCCCUGGUGAGAAAGUGAUGAUUUUGCCAACUGUCAGUGACGUGGAAGCCGAUACCUUGUUCCCUGGCGGUGUCGAUAGAGUCUCUAUGCCUUCGGGAAUAUCUUAUGUCCGCACAACAACUCAUUAUAAGAUGUAAUUUAUGCAGAGAGAUAUAUAAUUAUAGCGAUUGUUCAUAUA